UGGCGCUGUUCUCGUUAUGAAGACGCCUAUAAAAGCGACGAGACGGCAGAAGGGAUUCGUCUUUCGCGCGCGUGGAUGUAACCGGGGGUUUUAGCAGCUUCAACAUGAGGACAAUCCUGCUAGCUAUGGUGAUCUUGCUGGACGCAAUGGCUGCAGUCAACGCUGGUCAUCUGGAACACCACCACGAAGACCUCGGCCACCACGAACACCACGGAUUCCACUUCAGUCACGCCCAGAGCUACAUCUAUGACAACCAGAAAGCACAUCACGGAUAUGGGGGACACGACGAACACGGAGGAGGUGGCUUCCGCCGCUGAGAAUGACUAUCGGAGGCCUCGAUACUCGCCAUGUGGUUCUGAACGCCGCCAUAUUAAUGGUCCUGGUGUUGGUUAACGCCGGUGGCUACGGAGGCUACGGCGGCGGUUCGGGCACAACUCACCACUACGACAACCAGAGAGCAGGUGGCUAUGGAGGUGGCUACGGCGGCGGCUACGGCGGUGGAUACGGUGGUGGCUAUGGCGGGGGCUACGGAGGCGGCUACGGACUUGGAGGAUUCGGAUACGGUGGAGGCUACGGCGGCGGAUAUGGAAGAGGUUUCAAGUACGGCGUGUCGGUGUCCCAUGGUGGAUACGGUGGCUAUCAUGGAUAG